AUGGCAGGAAGGAAGGAAGGGGGCAACCCCCGCUGUGUGAAUGCAAUUCUGCGGUGCCUCUGCAGAGUGUCACUGCUCUUAGAGUAUUUCCUCUCAGGAGAAAGGCCAUCUGAAAUUUGUUUAUUCUUCCCAAGGGAGAAUGGCAAAUCUGCAACCACCUUUGGCUGUUCUGCAUCUGAUGUAUGGCUGAGAGAGCCCAGCUGUAUUUCCCUGGGGGGUUUUUGUUCAGUCCUUGGGGAGCAGUGCCCAACUGUCAGCAAGAGGACUCAGUGGGAUGUACAGGAGUUCAUCUGCAUGCUGAACAAACUCCAUGAGGCCCUAAAGAAGGAAGACACUGCAGUCAAGGCUACCACAGCUGAGGUGCCAGAGGUAGAUUUGUACCUCUUUAAUUCAAAAUUUUAUUUCAAGUUUGAGAGGCAAGGCAACUACAAAAGGAAACUCUUCACUGACAUCUGCUAUCCACUCAGCAAUAUGGAUCUCUCUCCAUAUAGUUACACAUUUUUCUGCAAGAACUCAGGUACAGCUUGUGUGCUCUGAUGUUGAGCUUUGCCUUUCCUACUUCUAUGUGUAACACCCUGUCCCGUGUAACAGAUAAAGCCUGGGUUUGUUUGGACUUAGAGCUGCCUCUGCUCCAGGCACUUAAACAUCCAGCAGCUUGAAAAGCACACACGCAUACAAAAACCUCAACCAAACAACCAGCACCUCCCCACCGCUCCCAAUUCAGUCUACAAAUGCAUCCGGUAAACUGAAGUUUCCUGAACAAAACCAUCAGCACCUGAACGCCUUUUUUCAUCAGGAAGUGGUACACCCUCCUGAAAAAAGGGUGCUUGGCUUCUUUUAAUUGUAGUUGGAGCACAUGAGAGAAACGGUCCCUCUUUCCUUGACUAAUCAUCUACCAGUAACAUUUAUAUAGUUGAUGUUGGAAUUGUAUUACUGACUACUGUCAGCCUAAAUUAAGCCUAUCAUCGUGCAUCCAUUGAGAAAUGCACAACAGAACCCAUGUAAGUUUCAUCUCCAGCCAGAGACAGAGUAGUCACAGCAUGUAACCAAACAGAGCAGUUAGCACCUCUCUACCCUUCUCUCUUGCCACAUCCCAAUUUUAAAAGC